GUGGUCGUCCGAUGUAACCUAUGACACACGAUUAACGAUAUGUUUGUUACAUUUGUGAUUUGAGAGACCGAGGCAAAGCUUCACUUAAAUUAGUUAUUUCAUUCGCGAAAGUAAAUAUUAUUUAAGAAAAGACAACUGUCUGAAGUAUCAUUUGGUUUAUAACUUAUUGAAUGACUGAGAAACAUGUCGAAGUGGAUUGGUUACGCCGUGUCCGUGAACUGCGGGGACCCACUGGGCUGCUACCAAGGGACAAUACUUGAAGCUGAUGGAAAUACAAUUACGCUAACAAAAGCAUUCAGAAACGGUUUUCCAUACCCCAAGUCACAAGUUACGCUUAAUGCUGCGGAUAUAAAGGAUCUUAAAAUUAUAGAAGAAGCAAAAUCGGAGCCUCUAGAACAGACCCAUAGUACUGUUGCUGUAACAAAGAAUAAUAAAAAAGGACCAAGAGCAACUGUGUGCGAAAACUUGCAAGCAAAUUCAACGACAACAGGUUCUCAACAGACCACAAAUGUGAGCAACAAGUCAUCAGCUAGCCGAGGGCCAGGGCCAGCUCCCGCUCGCAGCAAGCCUAUAGACAUACAAAACAAUAGAAACAAGAAUAAUAAUCACUGUGGUAGCUACGGUGCGAGCACGGGUGUGAGCGGGGGCGGGGGCGGGGGUGGGGGUGGGGGUAUGGGCGCGGCGAGCUCGACGCCGAAGCAGCGCGGCGGGCACGAGCGCGCGCGGCGCCGCAACGAGGCGUGCUUCGGGGACGCCGCCGACCCCGCGCUGGCCGACGACUUCGACUUCGAGGGGAACCUGGCGCUCUUCGACAAGCAGGCGCUGUGGGAGGAGAUGCGCACGGGCGCGCGGCCCGACGUGGUGCGCGCGGCGGACGAGGCGGCGGCGGCGGCGGCGGCGGCGGUGCGCCUGCGCCACGACGAGAACGUGCUGGGCGCCGCGCCGCCGCCGCGCGCCACGCGCCUGCCCGGCCCGUGCGCGCACGAGUACGCCACGGACGAGGGGCGGCGCGUGCCGGCGGCGGGGCCGCGCGCCCGCCGCGCGCUGUGGGCGGCGCUGCGGCGCGCCGGCGCGGGCGUGCUGGCGGCCGCGCUGCAGCUGGCCGCGCGCGCCGCCGCCGACCUGGCGCUGCGCCUGGCGGGCGGCGCGCGCCGCCUCGAGCCGCGCAACGCGCACCAGCCGCCCGUGCUCGUCGUGCUCGCCGGAUGCGGCGCGUGGGCGCGUGGGCGCGUGGGCGCGGGUUGCGCAGGCGCACACCAGUUCGGCGCGUGCGGCGUGUCGGCGGCGCGGCUGGCGGCGUCGCACGGCGCGCGCGCGCACGUGCUGCUGGCGGGCGACGCCGCCGCGUGCGCCGAGCUGCGCCGCGAGCUGGCCGCCGCCGAGCUGGACGAGCUGCCCGUGCACCGCGCGCCCGCCGACCUGCCCGCCGCCGACGUCAUCGUGCUGGCGCUGCACGACCCGCUGGCGGCCGAGCCGGCGGACGGGGCGGCGCCGGCGCCCGGGCUGGCGGCGGCGCUGCGCUGGGCGGGCGCGGCGCGCGCGGCCGUGCUGGCGCUGGAGCCGCCGGGCGCGGGCUGGCCCGGGCUGGCGGCGCGCGCCACGCUGGUGGGGGGCCUGCCGCCCGCGCCCGCGCCGGCGCUGGGCCGCGUGUUCCUGGCCAACGUGGCGCCGCCGCGCCGCGUGCUGCGCGACCUCGGCAUCGCCUACCGCCCGCCCUUCGGCGCCGCCUCGCUGCUCGCGCUCAACUAGCCCCGCCCCGCCCCGCCCCCGGCCCCGCCCCCGUUACCCAACGGGUGGCGCUGUAGUUUCGCAUUUGAUAGUGUUUCGUUACAUAUCACGGAAGUCAAUAUAGUUUCGAUAUUAUUGUAUAUGGUAAUAAAAAAUAAAUCUGGAUUUACAAUUUAAAUUGGAUUUCAGACAACAGUGAAAUUUUUAAAAAUUAAAAGAUCAAUGUAUUUAUGUAUUUGUGACGUGUGACAACGACGAGAUAGGAAGCUCGGUAGAUGCAAAGCAUUGACGCAAUCUUGUAAAGAAUCGCAAUGAAAGUAAUUAUCCAUCGCGACGGCGAGUUCUGUGAUAUUUCAGAUGAAUUAUAUUUUGAUAUAUUGUGAAUGUUGGUGGAGCGAGACAGCCGCUCCGACAUCGGCAUUUAGUUGAGGAUGUUUGUCUGUUUGCAUUAUAUUUGUACAAUUGGAGAUUUUCGUAUGACGCUGUUCAGACAGAGCAAUCGUUCUUUGUAAUCGGGUUUUAUUGUCAUUUAUCGCUAGUAUUUCAAUAUUGUGAACUGUGUACAAUAAACUGUUGCUACGAUUUA